GAGUUAGGCGUGUUGACAUGGACGAAGAAUCUGCAUUCGGGAGGGACGAGAAUGGUACUGAUAAGGUGACUAAGACCAAUAACGAUAACUUGAACGAAGAUGAUGACAGCAGCGACAACGAUUCCGUCUCGUCAUAUGAUAUCUUACCUCCGGAGGAUUUUGAUAAUAAUGAACAUGGCGCAAAUAGCGAAAACGAAGAUGUGGAUGUUGACAAUGUGCAACAUAGUUGGCAGGAAUCAUUUGCAGAUAACUUGAGCCAGGAGGAGUCAGAUGGUCCGAGCGUUGAUCACGAUGAGGGAGAGAUCGAUAUUGAGGAGGCUCAAAGGCAGCAGAAGAUGCUUGAGACACAUUGGAAGGUCAUGGCUAUGACCUUUCGGUCGCAAGGGGAUGCAUACAUAUUCUACAACAAUCACGCCAGAGAACACGGGUUUAGCAUAAGGAAACAGAAGGUGAAACGAGGUGCUUCGGGAAUGAUCCGGUACCGGCGGUUUCUUUGCUCCAGGGCUGGGAGAAGGCAGAGCAAGUUCAUAACCAUGGAGGGCCGCAAGCGCAGGCUUAGACCGGAGACUCGUUGUGACUGCGGUGCACAUAUGGUGGUGAAGCUGGACAGAGAACGUGGCGUUUGGUUCGUCGCAUCAUUCGUGGAUGAUCACAACCACGCGAUGGCUCGGCCCGACGAGGUUUGUUUUUUAUGGUCACACAGACGGAUUGGAGAUGGGCAGAGGGCCGAGAUAUUGGCCAUGGAAGCGGCCGGGAUAAGAAAGCAUAUUAUAAUGCACAACUUCAUCAGCAGAUACGGUUCGUACGAUAAGUGCGGGCUUAUCAGGAGGGACAUUUACAAUCUUUGUUGCAGAGAAAAAAUGAAGCUCAUUGCAAAGGGUGAUGCAGAGACGGCAGUUGGCAUUAUGAGGAGUAGGAAGGAGAAGGACCCUGAGUUUUUUUUUUUGAGUAUGUGCGUGACAAGGAAGGGCGACUGA